UAACCCAAAAAAAUAUAUUUUUGCAAGAGAACUUCGCAGCCUCUCCGCACCUGAGGCGAGAGAGAGAGCGAGAGAGGGGGGAGCCGUUGUGGAUCCGCAUUUGCGCUGGGAUCUGUACUGUAUAGCCAGUGGAUGAAACCCCCCACGCUGCUUUCUCUCACCAUUGACUCAGCUCUGCUCCACAUCGCCCACAUCAAAGAUCUUUCUGCUGUUCCCGAUUUCAUCCUUGUCGAGCUCUUCCUGAAAACCUUGAGUGCAGGAAAACUAACAGAGAGGGUCCUCAAGUUGUUUAUGUCAACUGGUAAUGAGGAAAUCGUCUCUUUUGUGGAGUCGCUCAAUAUCAAGCAGAUACUAAUCCCCGUCCUUCCUACCACUUCAAGCAACAAAAUGUUUUUUGAGAUUUGCGACAACGAGGUGGACAUUGUUAUUGCUGCUCUUAAGCCAGAUAUUACCACAUUUUUGGAGGGAUGGCGACCCAUCUUUUCCAGAUUUCACCUUAUUAUCAUCAAAGACCCAGACUUGGAAGCUGACCUUGAGAUUCCUACUGGCUUUGAUCACCAACUGUACACCAAAUCUGACAUGGAGAAGAUCAUCGGUUCCAGUCCCAUUAACUUUUCAGGCCAUUCAUGUCGUUAUUUCGGUUACCUUAUUUCCACCAAGAAAUACAUCAUAUCAAUUGAUGAUGAUUGCCUUCCAGUAAAAGAUGUUAGAGGCAAUCUGAUUAAUGCUAUAGAGCAGCACAUGACAAACCUCAAGACACCAGCUACCCCAUUCUACUUCAACACACUUUAUGAUCCAUUCCAAAAGGGUUCAGAUUUUGUCCGCGGAUACCCAUUCAGCCUGCGAUGUGGCGUCGAGUGCGUAAUAUCUUCUGGUCUUUGGCUUAAUUUUGCUGACUAUGAUGCUCCUACUCAGGCCGUAAAGCCUCACGAGAGGAAUUCGCGAUACGUCGAUGCGGUGAUCACUGUGCCUUUACGAGCGAUGAUGCCUGUGAGUGGGAUCAAUUUUGGAUUCAGACGAGAAGUGGUAGGGCCUGCGUUGCUACCGGCUUUGCAUUUGAAAACGGCAGGGAAGCAGAGGUGGGAAGCACUGGAGGACAUAUGGUCUGGGUUGUGUGCCAAGGUGGUUUGUGAUCAUCUGAAAUUUGGAGUGAAGACAGGGCUACCCUAUGUGUGGAGGAAUGCUUCAGGAAAUGCAUGGGAAUCACUGAAGAGAGAUUGGGAAGGGGUGAAGCUGAUGGAGGAGAUUGUGCCUUUCUUCCAGUCGGUGAAGCUGCCAAAAACAAUGAUAAUCGCCGAGGAUUGUGUGCUUCAGAUAGCGACUUUGGUGCGGGAACGAUUGGGACCCGUCGAUCAGGUCUUUAUGCUCGCUGCAGAUGCCAUGGAGGAAUGGGUCAAGCUCUGGAAGACCUUUGAAUCUGAGAGAAACUGAAGAGUUUCUUCUUCUUUUUUUCUUUUUUCAAAUUUUCUUGAUGCACAGAGAUGGAGGUUGUCAUGAACAGCAGAAAUAAGAUUCAGGUCCAGUGAUGAACCAUUUCUUAGUUUGGAAUUGAUAUGAGGAUAUUCUCAUUAAGACUAAUAGUUUCCAGUCUGAGUUUCUCCAUGUUAAUUUGGUUUAUGAUGAUCUUGCCAAUUGGUUUGCUUUGUUCUUUAUUGUAAUUUGGUACCAACA